AUGAAGAUGUCUCCAAAAUCUGACUCAGACAUGACAAGCUUCGACCUAUCAUCAUCACCGAAGCGUCCCACUUACUUCGUUCAAAGCCCAUCACGUGACUCCGACAAGUCUUCCUCGGCGGCACUAACUCACCAAACUACUCCGACAGAGUCUCCGUCACACCCAUCGUUUGCUAGCCGCAUCUCCGGUGGCGGUGGAGGAGGAUUCCGGUGGAAGGGACGGAGAAAAUAUCACGGCGGAAGAUGGCCGCCGGGUGAUAAGGAGGAGGAAAAUGGUGAUGGGCGGUACGAGGAUCUUUAUGGAGACAACAGAGGAAUCUCAAUCGCUACUUGUAGACUUGUUUUAGGAGUUGUUGCUACAUUGAGUCUCUUUUUUCUUAUAUGUUCUAUUCUCUUUGCGGCUUCUCAAUCAUUCUCCCCCAUCGUCUACGUCAAGGGUGUGAAUGUCCAUAGCUUUUACUACUGGGAAGGUUUAGACAACACAGGAGUUCCUACAAAGAUCAUGAACAUCAAAUGUUCAGUGCAGAUCACAACAGACAAUCCUUCUACAUUUUUUGGCAUUCACGUCAGCUCCUCUGCUAUAAAAAUCGUCUACUCUCGUCAAUUCACAGUUGCCAUUGCUCAACUAAAUAGUUAUUACCAACCAAAACAAAGCAACCACACGUCAAGGAUCGACCUUGUUGGCUCCAAGAUUCCACUCUACGGUGCAGGAGCGGACAUAGCUACUUCAGACAACAAUGGCGGAGUUCCCGUUCAGACCCCAAACUACACCAUCCUCACCGAGUCACGUCUCUCUUCUUCAAGCCGCACCUCCAAUGGGACAAGCGGUGUGGGAUUCCGGUGGAAAGGAAGCUCCAGGAGAAGAGACAUGUAUUGGCUGGAGAAGCAUUACACCAUUGACGAAGAGGAAGUUUAUGAAGAUAACAGAGGCUUAUCUGUUGGACAAUGUAGAGCGGUUAUGGUAAUAUUGGGGAUUGUGGUUGUGUUCUCUGUUUUCUGCUCUGUUUUGUGGGGAGCUUCUCAUCCGUUCUCUCCUAUUGUCUCUGUCAAGAGCUUUAGCCUCCAUAGCUUUUAUUACGGAGAAGGAAUAGACAGAACAGGUGUUGCGACCAAGAUUCUGAGCUUUAACAGCUCUGUGAAGGUGACAAUAGACAGUCCUGCUCCUUACUUUGGCAUCCAUGUCUCUUCUUCUUCUACCUUCAAUCUCACCUUCUCUGCUCUCACUCUCGCCACUGGUCAGCUUAAGAGUUAUUACCAACCAAAAAAGAGCAAGCACACAGCCAUUGUGAAGCUCAUUGGCUCCGAGGUUCCUCUGUAUGGAGCAGGACCAAACUUAGCGGCUUCCGACAAGAAAGGAAGAGUUCCAGUAGAGUUGGAGUUUGAGAUCAGAUCGCAAGGGAAUCUUUUGGGGAAGCUGGUCAAGUCGAAGCACUUGAACCACAUCUCCUGCUCUUUCUAUAUCUCUUCCUCCAAAACCUCAAAACCAAUAGUAUUCACUCACAAGACCUGUAGACACAUUACCAAGUGA